GGCGGCGACGGGCGCGCGCGCGGUGCUCGCUGCCCCCACGCCGCUCCCUCCGCUCGGAUCGCUGCGCCUCCAGCUCCCCGCACCGAUCCGCGCUAGGCCUGCGGACUUGGAGACAGCGGCCGCGGUCAGUGGGCUCCGGCGGGCUCAGUGGACGAGGCGGUGGCGGGGUGAGCGGAGCGGAGCGGGGCCCCGCAAGUCCCCGGGAGGCGACGGUGCCGGGCGCGGGCCCCUGCGUAAGGCGGGCGCAGUGACAGGCCGGCCGGUGAGGCGCCGCCGGGGGAGGCCGCGACGGAGCUCCCGGACCGGCCAUGGGCUGAGACACGUCCUCGCCGAGCAGUGACCCUUCUGUACCCCACCAGAACAUGCCCGGGUGACCUCCUCCCAGAUCUUCCUUGUGGCCUUCCUCGCCCACUCCAGUGACACUAUGCACCCGCACCGUGACCCGAGAGGCCUCUGGCUCCUGCUGCCAUCCUUGUCCCUGCUGCUUUUUGAGGUGGCCAGAGCUGGCCGAGCCGUGGUUAGCUGUCCUGCCGCCUGCUUGUGCGCCAGCAACAUCCUCAGCUGCUCCAAGCAGCAGCUGCCCAAUGUGCCCCAUUCCUUGCCCAGUUACACAGCACUACUGGACCUCAGCCACAACAACCUGAGCCGCCUGCGGGCCGAGUGGACCCCCACGCGCCUGACUCAACUGCACUCCCUGCUGCUGAGCCACAACCACCUGAACUUCAUCUCCUCUGAGGCCUUUUCCCCCGUACCCAACCUGCGCUACCUGGACCUCUCCUCCAACCAGCUGCGUACACUGGAUGAGUUCCUGUUCAGUGACCUGCAAGUACUGGAGGUGCUGCUGCUCUACAAUAACCACAUCAUGGCGGUGGACCGGUGCGCCUUCGACGACAUGGCCCAGCUGCAGAAACUCUACUUGAGCCAGAACCAGAUCUCUCGCUUCCCUCUGGAACUGGUCAAGGAAGGAGCCAAGCUACCCAAACUGACGCUCCUGGAUCUCUCUUCUAACAAGCUGAAGAACUUGCCACUGCCUGACCUGCAGAAGCUGCCGGCCUGGAUCAAGAAUGGGCUGUACCUACAUAACAACCCCCUGAACUGCGACUGUGAGCUCUACCAGCUUUUUUCACACUGGCAGUAUCGGCAGCUGAGCUCCGUGAUGGACUUUCAAGAGGAUCUGUACUGCAUGAACUCCAAGAAGCUGCACAAUGUCUUCAACCUGAGUUUCCUCAACUGUGGCGAGUACAAGGAGCGUGCCUGGGAGGCCCACCUGGGUGACACCUUGAUCAUCAAGUGUGACACCAAGCAGCAAGGGAUGACCAAGGUGUGGGUGACACCAAGUAAUGAACGGGUGCUAGAUGAGGUGACCAAUGGCACGGUGAGUGUGUCUAAGGAUGGCAGUCUUCUUUUCCAGCAGGUGCAGGUCGAGGACGGUGGUGUGUAUACCUGCUAUGCUAUGGGAGAGACUUUCAAUGAGACACUGUCUGUGGAAUUGAAAGUGCACAAUUUCACCUUGCACGGACACCAUGACACCCUCAACACAGCCUAUACCACCCUAGUGGGCUGUAUCCUUAGUGUGGUCCUGGUCCUCAUAUACCUAUACCUCACCCCUUGCCGCUGCUGGUGCCGGGGUGUAGAGAAGCCUUCCAGCCAUCAAGGAGACAGCCUCAGCUCUUCCAUGCUUAGUACCACACCCAACCAUGAUCCUAUGGCUGGUGGGGACAAAGAUGAUGGUUUUGACCGGCGGGUGGCUUUCCUGGAACCUGCUGGACCUGGGCAGGGUCAAAACGGCAAGCUCAAGCCAGGCAACACGCUGCCAGUGCCUGAGGCCACAGGCAAGGGCCAACGGAGGAUGUCGGAUCCGGAAUCAGUCAGCUCGGUCUUCUCUGAUACGCCCAUUGUGGUGUGAGCAGGAUGGGUUGGUGGGGAGAUUCUGCCCCAGGAGAGGUAAUGCACCCCUGAAGGAUAUGAGGGGAUGGAAGAGAGGGCUGGCUGCCCAAGGGAAUGGGUUCCUCCUGACCUCAAGGGAAUUGGUCCCAGGUACAACAGAGAGCAAGACCCCAAACAGGGUGUGGCUGCCACGAUUUUCAAAUGGGGGUAUAUUAAUCCUCAGGCAAAUGCUACACCCGUACCCAAAGCCCUGCCAAUUCUCAGUGUGGUAGAGGAAGAGAAACAUGUCUGAGUUGGAUGGGAUUGAGGAAGGAGUGAGGGGAAGAGCAGAUUCCCUAAACUUUCAUGAGGUCAUCCCUAGCUCCUUAAGAGAAAAACAUUCAGAAAAAAAAAUUUUUUUCUAUCUCUGCCCACCCACACCUGUGAUGUUGUGUGUGUUGGGGGAGCUUCCACAGGAGCCACACUGGGGAAAAGCUGUAGUAUCUUCUUUGUUUAGGAAGUCAAACUUCACAGCUGGGGAAAUUGAAAACCUUUGGAAAACGAGUCAGGAAAAGGCUGAGACCUCAAUCGGUAACACUUCCCCAAAGCUGUUGUAAGACUUUCCAUUAAAGCCUUCCUCUUUCCUGAUGAGCCCUGGGUGGAUGGAUCUUCGCAGGAGCCUGGCCUGCUGCCUGUUAGUUAUGACAGCAGUGUGGGAUGUGCUAUCUGUGCCUCGUCCUGGGACCAGUAGCACAGAGGGGUACAGCAUGAACUGAAGGGUCCAUGUCACAGCAUCGGUGCCGGCACGAAACUUGUAGAUGGGGGGUGAACUCCAGAUAGGCUAAUUCCCUGGUUGGUGAAACCCUUUGUUAGUAUUUGAUUCCCAGCAUCUGUGUGUCAGGCCAGAGUGGGGGCUGCUGAAGGUAGAGCUUUUAUGGAUGCCUGCCACAGACAUGGUACAUGGGUCCACUUCACGCUAGAAGGAUGAAGGUAAAUCAGCCUCUAUUAUGUAGCAUCCAGCUGGACCUGAUUCUCAAUGUAUACCAUCUCUUCAUCCAGUCUCCUUAUCAAGCUCAGGUGGGAUUCUGAAUUUUCCCUAAUAUGCUGCUCUGUAAGGGGAGGAGUCCAGGAAAGCCUGGCCCCAGCUGGCUAAGAGUAGGCUUGGCGAUAGAGAAAAUCCAGUAUAUAUCUCCUCUAUGUGGACAAGGUUGUCUUGCUCCUCUCAGAGAUAUCACCUCUGCUGCAAAGUCAAAGCAUGGGGUUUUGACAUCGGAAGGGCUGGAAUUGGGUAGUCUCUACCCCAGAAUGGCAAUUUGGAGUGCAGCUUAGAGUUCUGCCCUCUCCACAGAUUCCAGGCAAUCCUGAAGCAGAGAUAAUCAGGAGUACUAAACUUUCAGAAGGGGAGUUCUGCCACCCCAUUCCUCCAUCGAGAGGUCUUUGCAGUUGUGGUUGUCAGGCCAGAGGAACUUAAGAAGAAUGAGCUCAACAUUCCAUUCCAUCCAAGGUUGCAGAAUACUUUGAGUAUGGAGAUGACUGAUCCCUUUAACUUUUCCCUUUGACUAUACUGCAUACCCUGGGAGUGGCUGCUCUGAGCUUUGGCGGGGGAUGAGCAGGGCGAAGGUGAAAAUGUUCUCUGAUGUUGGUUUUUCUUAGUGUCUCUUCUCUCCCACGUUUCCGGUCCAUUGGAAGUUCUCCAGAUCCUCUAGAUUUCUGACCUCUUUUUACGUUCUAAGAGGUGUCAUUUACCUGUGGGUAAGGGGCUUGGAGGGCCUAUUAAGCUUCCCAUUAAGAUUGGGGAAGGGGACUCAACAUCUUCCCCUUGUCUGGGUCCUGGGAACUCAAGACUGCUGUCCAUCCUUUAUUAGUAACCUAGUUUUGCUGAGAGAGAGGUGCAGCAUUUCCCUCAAGUACCUGCAUGCUCAUAGGUAUGCAUGCUUAUAGGUAUGCAUGCACACCAGCACCUUGACUUCCACCAGGACAGUGAAUCUGUAGUCCCCAUUAACGCCACUCUCAGAAUGGUCUCCACCAAUGUGCACAACUUCAUGCACACAAUUGUAUUCCCCUUUAGAAGAGACAGUGACCAUGCCAGGCUCUUCAAAUAGACACUCCUGUAUUUUAAUUUCUGAACUCCCUGAAGCUUCACCCACAUUUCCAUGGCACUGAAUCACUUUUCUGCCCAGGCUGGAGUUAGAAGAACCAUGGGUUGAAGACCUUGGAAGAAGAGGUGGUGAGGAGCUACCUGGUUCUUCUCAGGAAGAACUCCUGAGUCUCAGGAGACUCCUCAGAAACCUCCCUUAAAGACUAUAUAUAUGAGCAAUAUAUGAGCAAUUAAGAUAGAACUAGGUCAUUGAAGGACUCAGAAGGAAACUGGCAAGGGGCUAAGCAGCUGUGAGCUGCUCUUCCUGUUAACUGUCCUCAGGAGAGAAAAGUUGUCUUGAUUUAUUCCAGAGACUCCUGAGAAUUUUGUUACUGGAGCUAUAGGAACCAGGACUCCCUCCUCAGACUCAUCAGGAAAUCUGUGAAAAUCUCAUCUCCAUGCUGCAGUCUCCCCACUUGGCACCAUCUAGGGCUCUGAAGAUCUUUAAAGUGAGCAUUAAAUGAAGCAGGCCUUCUGAGGCAUCGUGAUGGAGCUCCUGAGGACUAGGAGGGCCGUUUUCUUCAUAAUUCCUACCCAGUUUAGGAAAUGAGAAAAGGCCCUGUGGCUCUUGUCUCCUGACUAUAUUCACUAGUUGGGCCUUGAGUUUGAGACACCUGGUAGAUGUACCUGGCUGCCCUACCAAGAGAUUUGAUUAGCUUCUUCCCGUGGUUUCAGGUGAUAGAACCCAAAGGUAGCUUUUUAAUUGGAGAAUUGAGUAAUCACCAUAUGUAAGCUCACUAGAACCCUGUGUUGAAAACUGCCAGGUGUGGGUAUAAGAAAAGGCCGAGAGAUCACCUCCUCUCACCCUACCCCGCACCCAUAAACCAGACAUGUCUCCCAGGAAGCAGGUGUCCCUGGAGACAGAGUAUGACAGGGCUCUACAAUCUGUCUGUGUAAUUAUUUGUGAUUUUUUUUUUUUUUUUGUAUUUAUGGGGCCCAAGGAAGGGGCCAGGAGAAGGUACACCCUAGCUGGGGAGAGCAAAGCAGACGGAUCCAGUUUUCUGUGUGUUCUUACCUCUGUACUUCCUCGUAGCUCUGCUGACAAAGCAAGCAGGCCUCCCGUGUCCAAGACCCCAUUCCUCCCACUUGUGUACACCUAGGCUGGCAAAUCUUGGAGCCUCUGGGCUCUGAAAACUAGACAAUGAUCAUUAAACCUGGCUUGAGUCUCUGUUCUGGCA